AUGGAUUGGUCGGAUCGCGGAUCCGAUACGCGUCCUCUCUUCGCCACCUCAUCGCCUCGCAGCCCGAAGCGCUUCGGCGCGUUCUCCCGCUCCCGAUCCUCCAAGGAACGAGAGAGGUCGCGAAUCCGACGGUCCGCGUAUCGUUUCGACGGCCUGGGCUCAUUUGAGCGGUUGGAUUGGGACCGUCUGAAGGAAUUCGAGAAGGGACGGAUGCUGGGGAGGCAGCAUACCCCGUCGCAACUGCAGCAGACGACGUCGAUUCAGCUGCAACAGCAGAUUCACCCCCAGCAGCAGCAGGUGCAAUUUCAGAUAUCCCCCCGAGAAUCAGACGCAGCGCGCUCGCCGCCGCCCGCGGAAAAUCCUCCCAGACCGAUUUCCAGCCGAACAGACUCUGCCGGCUCGUUGGAUGCCGCAACGGGAUUUUAUCUCCCCCACCCCGCCCUCGCCGUCUCCGCGGCUGUAGCCGACCCCGCGGGCGUCGCUUCCGCGGCUGUAACGCCCGCCGCUACAGCCGCCGCCGGGGGGCUCCUGACGCAGCCAGGUGGCGAGUUCUCGUGGUUCCACGUGGAGCUCCCGCGGUCGUGCCCGUCGCUUUCCGCCGCGGCUCGCCAGCUCAUCACGCAUCUGCACCCUCCGCUGCAGCUGCAAGAGAUCACGACGCUUCUAUCCAACGGUCCGUAUUGCGGCACGCUCGGCGGAGCGCUCUUCGUGCGGAUUAACUCCCCCGGGCCUAUGGACAGUCCGUACACGUUUAAGAUCGCGGCGCGGAUCACGCCGUUUGGGAUAGUAAGCGUCGCGUUGGGGCCCGUGCCGCGUCUAGAGCUGCAGAGAGAACCGGGAGGACUCGCUACAGUCACGCCGCAAACCAGCACGCCUGGCAGCCCGACCGGAACACCCCGACCUCUCAAAAUCAGCGUAGGGGCAGGAUCAUCCUCGUUAAAGGCUUCCGCGAUAGCAGCAGCAGUAGCAGACGGGAUGGGGACUACAGGAACUAGUGGAGCAGGAGGAGCAACAGUAAGAAUUGAUACUGCAGCUGUUUCUCUCAGGCAGUCAAACUCGGAGAUAGAAGAGUGUGUGACAAUAGACGGGGGCUCGCUUCCCUGUGGCACAAUAGAGGGGGGUCUGCCUGCCUGCGGCGCUGGAGUGAGUCAGGUGAAGAGCGAGGGGAAUCUGGACCGGAGGGGGCUGUUGCAGGGGCUAGGCAGCAGAAGCUUCGGAAUGGGCAGUAGAGGCUAUGCUAGUGAUGCUGGGGGGGGGGGACUCAGAUGGGGGGCGGGUGCAGGUUUUUCUGGUGCAGGCGCUUCUGGGGUGGGUUCUGCUGGGGGAGGUGCAUCUGGGGACGCGGGUGGGGCUGGGGGGAAGCGGAGUGGGGGGGUUUUGGCGCGAGUGGGGAAGGUUUUGGAGGCAAUGACGCCGAGGAGGAGGGAGGUGCGGGAGGAGCAGGCGGAAGAACACACGACCAUCGAUGUAGAUGAUGCGGAGCUAGAGGAGUUGCUGCGGAAGAGCCAUCCCGAGAAUGCCGAAUGUCUGAUCCCGGUGACAGUGUUUGGGCUACUGCAGCACAUAGUUGAGACGCACAUGGAGCACCUGGAGGAUGUGGUGGUGGAGGUGGAAUGUAUGCUGGAUCAGCACGAGAGAUACUUAGACGAAGGGUCAGACCAUCGCCUGCGGCUGCUCAAGGAUAGAACCUUCCCCAAGCUGCAUCUAGACCUGCAGAGAGUGCUGCAGUCGCUGGCACACGGGGAGGUCGUGCUGCCGAAGCUGAAAGACAGGCUCGUGGCUCGGAACUGGUGCGCCGGACCUGUAGCUUCGGCGGUGCUGGACGGGGCCAUGGCUCGGCUGAGGAGAGGCAAGGAGAACGUGGGGUUCCUGACGGCGCGGAUAACGGCGCUACAGACGGGGCUGGACCAGUGGCAGUCGGAGCAGAUCAACAAAAAGCUUUACUACAUCUCCUUCCUCUCCAUCGUCUUCCUACCGCUUUCUAUCAUCACCGGAGGGUAUGGUCGAAGGGGUGGGGUGAAUAGGAGAGUGACGGCGUUACAGACGGGGUUGGACCAGUGGCAGUCGGAGCAGAUCAACAAGAAGCUCUACUACAUCUCCUUCCUCUUCAUCGUCUUCCCGCCACUCUCUAUCAUCACCGAGAGUGACGGCGCUACAGACGGGGUCUGGUUUGCGGGAAGGGGUAUGGUCGAAGAGAGAGGGGUGAAUGUGAGAGUGGCGGCGCUACAGACGGGGUCUGAGAAGGGGCAUGGUCGAAGUGGGAGGGGUGAAUGUGAGAGUGGCGGCGCUACAGAUGGGGCUGGACCAGUGGCAGUCGGAGCAGAUCAACCGUGGUUGGGAUUUAUCAACACACGGUUUCACCUCUUCCUCCCCUCUCUCCCUCCCUCCCCACCAGCCUUUGGCAUGAACGUGGGUGGGGUCCCCUGGGUGCAGCAAACCACCAACGACCCAAACGUCCACAAAGGAUUCACCAGCGUGAUGUGGAUCUGCUUCUAUGUGGUGAUUGCACUCGGUUGUGCCUUUGCCGCUCCUUCAGUGUAUGCGUAUGUCAAGGAGCGGUUAGAGGAGCGGAAACGAAUAGGAAAGGAGUUGUGGGAGCGGGCACGCAAGGUUAUGAACGUGUUGAAGCUUAGACCGCGAGGAGUAGGGAGGCUUGGAGAGGCAUACCGCCGGCACGAAUCAGACGAGUAG